AUGUCAAGUAGAUCAGAAAGAGCGUGCAUGCUCUGUGGGAUAAUUCAGCCUAUGAAGGCUUUUAUUGAUUAUGGGUGUCCCAACUGUGAAAGUCUUUUACAUUAUCAAUAUAAUGACAACAAACAAGUGCAGGAUUGUACUUCGCCAUCUUUUGAAGGUUUAGUAGCAUUAGGUGAAGAUAAUAAAGGGUCAUGGGUGGCACGAUGGUUGAGAAUUGAUUCAUUUACAGCGGGAUUGUAUGCUGUUAAAGUGAAUGGGAAAUUACCUCCUUCAAUAAUUGCAGAAUUGGAAGAACAAAAUGUGAUAUAUCGACCAAGAGAUGGAUCGGCUGAGGAUUAA